UCUUAAAAGCCCAUCGCCACCACGAGCUCUCCGUCCGUCCCCAAGAAGCCAAGCUCAAAAAAAUGGAGGUCAUGACGCGUCCCGCCUCGCCGACGCCGCACCGGGACCUCCGGCCCGACAGCGCGGCCGCGAGCCCGUACGCCACGGCGCCGUCCAGCCCGCGCGGCCGCCUCGCGGAGCCCGCGACGCCGUUCGGCUCCGUCGAGGGAGCGGCCGCGGCGAAGGGCAGCCCGUUCCUGACGGCGCCGUCGUCGCCGAACCCGUUCGACCUCCUGCCGCCGGUCACGCCGCGCCUCGCCGGCGCCAACCCCUUCGACCUCUUCCAGCACUUCACCAGCGCGCCCGCCAGCCCCCGGCGCGCCGCGGCCAUCUACGCGCACUUCGCCGAGGGGGACCACGGCAGCCGCGACGGCGGUGAGGAGGAGGAGGAGGAGGACGACGACGACGACGAGGGGUUCCAUCCGCGCUCGUCGUACUCCACCACCGCCUCGGCCGUGCCGUUCGACUGGGAGGAGAGGCCCGGGACGCCCAAGGCCGGGAUGGGCGGCGGGGCGGCGGCGUGGGACACGGACUUCGAGUUCGGCACCGUCGUCGACAAGACCGCGCCGGCGGAGAGCCUGACGACCGCGGACGAGCUCUUCGAGAAGGGUAAAAUCCGGCCGCUGAAGCCUCUGCUUAAGACCUCCGACGAGGGCAAGAUCAGGCCGCUGAAGCCGCCGCCCGGCCUGCUCGACGGCGGGAGCGUCGGGUCAUCGCCGCGGUCGCCGAUCGCGAAAGGCGCCCUGAGGUCGCCCCGGCGACGGAGCAGGGUCGGCUCCGGCACGGACUUCGACCCCUUCGCAGCCGCGCUGCUGGAGGCGACCAAGGCCCCCUCGCCCUCCCCGCUCGGCGGCAAGAACACCACCGCCGUCGCGUCAGGCUCGCCGCCCAAGAAAGCCGACCCGUUCGCCGCGCGUCCAGCCUCCAGGAGCGCCGGGUGGAGGAGGUGGCGGCUCAGCGACCUCCUCCUGUUCCGGAGCUCGUCGGAAGGCGGCCGGAUCAACAAGGAGCCGCUCCCCAAGUGCCCGCCGGCGCAGCAGCCCGACGCGCCCCUCAAGAAGGCAAACGCACCACCGCCGCCGACGACGGCCAAGUUCAACGCGAGGGCCGUCAGCAUGGACAAGCUCAAGAAGCAGGGCGGCGACAAGAGCGGCGCGGCGGCGGCGGCGGAGGGCAUCGUCGGGUGCGCGCGGCUGAGCCCGCUGCAGCGGUUCGCCAGAGGGCUUGGCGGGCACUCGUGGCACCACGGCCGCGGCGGCAUGGCGGCGCAGGGGACCAAAGGGUAGAGGAGGGAUCCAUCAUCCAUCCAUGGCGUUAGCCGCCAUUUCUACUCGCUUUGUUCAUAGAAGAGAGGUGGCGCCUUUUUCCUUUUCGUUUUUUAAAAUCGAACUUCGUUUUGAGACCAUGGACGAUGUUCUUGGUCUCGGUCUUCUCCCGGCCCCUUUGUGGAGCAUGAUUGUGCUGUCAUCAUAUACGUGUACACAUUAUAGAAUGGAAGAGAUUAUGAAAGCGUGAAAUUGUUGGCAA